AUGCAUCCCCUCCUCCCCCUCCUCCUGGCGCCCACAGCCCUAUCCCAAUCCCUCGCAGGUCUCAACCACCUCCGCUUCGGCUGCUCCCAAAUAACAGUCGAGCGGCUCGACCCGCUCGUGAAUUCGGGCAUGGUUCCAACACCGCACAUCCACCAGGUCGUAGGUGGGAACGCGUUUAACGCAUCCAUGCCUCUAUCCGACAUCUCGAAAGAAGCGUCUUGUACAACCUGCGGACCGGCAGAUGAUCUGAGCAAUUAUUGGACAGCGAAUCUGUAUUUCAAGGCGCGGAAUGGGACGUAUAAGAGGGUGCCGCAGGUGCCUAAUAGGUUUUUGUUUAAUGAUAAGUUUACGACGCAGACUAAUGGGGGGAUUACGGUGUAUUAUAUUGCGCCGAAGAAGGGGACGGUUACUGCUUUUAAGCCGGGGUUCCGCAUGUUCGUCGGCGAUCCGAUGAGACGAACUAAGAAUUACAAGUCGCAGAGUUGUUUCCGUUGCUACUCUGGUCCAAAUUUUGGUGGUGAUGACAGAGCGCCUUGCAGUGACGCGAAACUUGACUUUGAAGGUUUCCCGACAGGACCUUGUUUGGGUGGCAUCCGAUCUAAUGUUCUUUAUCCAACAUGCUGGAAUGGAAAGGACCUCGACAGUCCAAAUCACAAAGACCAUGUCGCAUACCCGACUGCAGGACCAUCUAACUUCUUGUCAACUGGCAAUUGUCCUUCGACUCACCCAAUCAAAAUUCCACAGCUCAUGCUCGAGGUGGUCUGGGAUACCACAGGAUUCAACAACAAAGCUGAGUGGCCGGCGGAUGGAUCUCAACCGUUCGUCUUGAGCACAGGAGAUAACACUGGUUAUGGUCAACACGGUGACUACGUCUUUGGCUGGAAGGGUGAUGCGCUUCAGAGAGCAAUGGACGACAAUGGAUGUUUUAGCGCAACUUGCGGGAACCAAAAGUCUCAGGACAAUGCAGCUGCAGCAAAAUGUACUAUUCCAAAGACUGUCAAGGAGGAUGUUGAUGGAUGGCUGACGAAGCUUCCUGGAACCGCCAUGUAG